GCCCGAGUUUUGCCAACCGCCACUUCCAAAUGGCUCUCUCGGUCUCUCCUGUGUGUUUCUCCUCAUGUGUGACCGUGUCUGAUAAACCCUAGCUAGCAUUUUCCAAUUCCCAAAAUGCUUCUCCUUAAUCCCCAAAUUCACCGUCGUCCACUCUCUUCUCUCUGCUCUUCCUCCGACGCUCUCCUAGCCGACAAAGCGGUCACGUACCUCAAACGCCACACCCUCCAGCUCAACUCCCUCGCUUCUCAUUUUACCCCUGAAGCGGCCUCCUUUUUACUCUUCAAGACCCAGUUUGACCAGACCCUAACCCUAAAGUUCUUGAACUGGGCCAAAUCGCAUCGCUUCUUCACCUUUCAAUGCAAGUGCCUCUCCCUUCACAUCCUCACCCGGUUCAAGCUGUACAAGACCGCCCAGACCCUAGCCGAGGACGUGGCCGUCAAUACUGUUGACAACACUGGCAAUUUGGUCUUCAACUGCAUCAAAGACUCGUACCAUUCCUUCAACUCCAGCUCCGCAGUCUUCGAUUUGGUAGUAAAGUCCUAUUCGCACUUGAAUUUGAUUGAUAAGGCUUUGAACAUUGUCAAUUUAGCGAAAUCUCACGGCUUUAUGCCUGGUGUGUUGUCGUACAAUUCCAUUCUUGAUGCGAUAAUAAGGUCAAAAGGGUCGGUUAAGCUUGCUAAUGAAGUUUUUGGGGAAAUGAUUAGGAUUGGGGUCUCGCCAAAUGUGUAUACCUAUAAUGUUUUGAUUAGGGGUUUUUGCGGGGCGAGGAAUUUGGAAAUGGGUUUGAGUUUUUUCAGUGAAAUGGAGAGGAAUGGAUGUUUGCCCAAUGUUGUUACCUAUAAUACAUUGAUCGAUGCGUAUUGUAAAUCGGGGAAGAUUGAUGCGGCGUUCAGUUUUCUGAGGUCGAUGGCAUUGAAGGGUCUGGAGCCAAAUUUGAUUUCGUAUAAUGUGGUUAUCAAUGGGCUGUGUCGAGAGGGGAGGAUGAAGGAGACCAGUCAGGUUCUGCAGGAGAUGAGCAGAAAGGGUUUUGUUUGUGAUGAAGUGACGUAUAAUACGCUCGUGAAUGGGUAUUGUAAGUUGGGCAAUUUUCACCAAGCACUUGUUUUGCAUGCGGAGAUGGUUAUGAAUGGAUUGUCUCCUAAUGUUGUUACUUAUACAGCGUUAAUUAAUAGCAUGUGUAAGGCUAAGAAUUUAAAUCGGGCGAUGGAGUUUUUUGAUCAGAUGCGUGUUCGUGGACUUAGACCAAAUGAGAGGACAUAUACGACAUUGAUCGAUGGGUUCUCGCAAAGAGGAUUCUUGAGUGAAGCGUACAGGGUUCUGAAUGAAAUGACUGAGAGAGGAUUCUCACCUUCCAUUGUGACAUACAAUGCCCUAAUUAAUGGGCACUGCAUUUUGGGGAAGAUGGAAGAGGCCCAAGGAGUGAUAAGAGAGAUGAUAGACAAAGGGUUAGCUCCAGAUGUGGUAAGUUAUAGUACAAUUAUAUCAGGAUUUUGCCGUAAUGGGGAGGUAGAAAAGGCAUUUGAAACGAAGGUGGAGAUGGUUGCGAAGUGCCUUCGACCUGAUGCCAUUACCUACUCAACACUUAUUCAUGGUCUCUGCCAGCAAAGAAAACUGAUAAAAGCCUGCGAUCUAUAUCAAGAGAUGUUGAAUAUAGGUCUGCGCCCUGAUGAAUUUACUUAUACGACUCUGAUAAAUGCCUAUUGUGUUGAAGGGGACCUAAAUAAGGCACUUAAUUUGCACAGCGAGAUGAUAGAAAAGGGCUUUCUACCUGAUGCUGUGACUUACAGCGUGCUUAUUAAUGGACUUAACAAACAGGCUCGGACAAGGGAAGCAAAAAGGAUUAUGCUCAAGUUGUUCUACGAUGAGUCCAUCCCAAAUAAUGUCACAUACAAUACUCUGAUAGAAAACUGUAGUAACAUUGAAUUUAAAAGUGUGGUAGCUCUUGUCAAGGGAUUUUGUAUGAAGGGUUUGAUGAAUGAAGCAGAUGAAGUUUUUCAGUCAAUGCUUCAGAGAAAUCACAAGCCUGACGAAGCAGCUUAUAAUGUUAUCAUCCAUGGGCAUUGUAGAGGUGGAAAUGUUCAGAAGGCAUAUAGUCUGUACAAGGACAUGUUGAAUUCCGGUUUUGUUCCUCAUACUGUGACUAUCAUUGCUCUAGUUAAAGCGCUUUUCAUUGGAGGGAUGAAUGAGGAGUUGAGUGAGGUCAUAGGGAACGUAUUGAGAAGUUGUAGGCUCACUGACGCUGAACUUGCGAAAGUACUUGUUGAAAUUAACCAAAAAGAAGGGAACAUGGAUGCAGUAUUCAAUGUGCUCACCGAGAUGGCUAAGGAUGGCCUUCUUCCGAAUAGUGGCAGAACCAGUUAUGCUGGGUGAUAAAAUGCUUGAUUGGAUAUCUGAAUAUGUUUUCCAUGUAGAUGAUGGACCACACUUUUUCAAGUUAAGUAGACAACAUGAUAAAAGCAGGCUGCAGCGCACAGGUUCCUAACUUCAAGUUUAAUUCUUCAAACGAGAUAGCAAGAGCUACGUGAAGGGAACGUUAUCUCUUUCAUCUCAUUCUUCCUUGGUAUUCUCAAUUCUGCCAGUUUUGCUUAGAGUGCCAUUCACAUGACUGGAGGAGUAUGAUUCGGGUGGUGAAAGUGACGUUAAUGGAGAUUACUAGAAGAUUGCAGCAGUUCAGAAAAAUGGAAGCCCAAGAUUUACGAGUGCUGCAGGAUUUAAGUUGCCCCAUUGUGCUAGUACGUUUGAAAGUGCCAAGGUUGAUUAAGUGGACGGCACCGGAUAUAGGUAUGUUUAAGCUAAAUGUGGAUGGUGGAUCUUGUGGUAAUCCGGGGAUAUUAGGUGGUGGAGGUGUUAUUCGGGAUUCACAGGGGAGAGUCUUGGCUGGAUUUGCUCAUUUUUAUGGCCAAGCAACAAACACAAUUGCAGAAUGUCGUGCUUUAUUGGAUGGAUUAUGGCUGUGUCAUGCUCUUGGGUUGACGGAUUUUUUGGUGGAGUCUGAUUCUACUGUAGUUGUGGGAUGGUUGGCUUCGGGUAUUUGUAAAUAUUGAUAUUUAUGGGAUUUUUGGGAGGAAAUAAAUAUUCUUGUCAGAUUGCUCCAGCCUCGGUUUCAAUACAAUCUCAGAGAAGCAAAUAUGGUUGCGAUUUUCUGGCUAAAGCAGAGCCUAAGCAGGGGCAAAAGGAAGGAUUGAAGAUUUUAUGGGGGAAAAUUAUGUGCACGGCAAACUUAGGGGUUUAGUUCGCCUGGAUAAAUUUGGCAUUCUUUAUAUUCGUCAUUGAUGUAAUUUUUUCACGGUUGUUCCUCCUGUGAGGGUAUUUAUAAUAAGAGGGACCUCACUUUUAUUUUAUUUAAAA